UUAUUUCUACUUAUUUUCCCAUUAUAGGUCCAAUGCACAGAGCUCAGCAACAGCAACUCCGUGAUGCGGCUAAAUAUCAAAUACAUUUAGAAGCGCUGCGACAAUCUCGCCCGCUGCCACACAUUCCUGCCGGCACAACGUUGCUGACUGACGCAGACUUGCCCGGCCAGGAUGGCGCUUCGAUGCACACACAAAGCCACAGUCAAGGCCACAGCUCAGCCACAUCUGGCUUUGAGUCAGCACAUCGUUGGACAUCCAAAGAAAAUCUGCUAGCACCCGGCCCCGAAGAGGACGAUCCACAAUUAUUUGUAGCAUUAUAUGACUUUCAAGCUGGUGGUGAGAAUCAACUAAGUCUGAAGAAGGGAGAACAGGUGCGUAUUUUAUCGUACAACAAAUCGGGCGAAUGGUGUGAGGCACACUCAGAUUCCGGCAAUGUCGGUUGGGUACCAUCGAACUAUGUGACGCCACUUAACUCGCUGGAGAAACACUCUUGGUAUCAUGGACCCAUAUCGCGCAAUGCAGCCGAAUAUUUGCUCAGCUCAGGCAUCAACGGUAGUUUCUUGGUGCGCGAAAGUGAAAGUUCGCCAGGCCAAAGGAGCAUCAGUUUGAGAUACGAAGGGCGUGUAUAUCACUAUCGCAUCUCAGAGGAUCCGGAUGGUAAAGUUUUUGUCACAGCGGAAGCUAAAUUUAAUACACUCGCCGAACUUGUGCAUCAUCAUAGUGUACAACAUGAAGGGCACGGGUUGAUUACGCCAUUGCUUUACCCGGCGCCCAAACAAAAUAAACCGACCGUUUUCCCACUCAGUCCCGAACCGGACGAGUGGGAAAUCUGCCGUACGGACAUUGUGAUGAAGCAUAAGUUGGGCGGCGGCCAGUACGGUGAAGUGUACGAGGCUGUUUGGAAGCGUUACGGCAAUACUGUGGCUGUGAAAACGCUCAAGGAGGAUACAAUGGCACUCAAGGACUUCCUCGAAGAGGCGGCUAUUAUGAAAGAGAUGAAGCAUCCAAAUUUGGUGCAACUAAUUGGCGUUUGCACGCGUGAGCCACCCUUUUACAUCAUCACCGAAUUCAUGUCGCACGGCAAUCUUUUGGAUUUUCUGCGCUCGCCUGCUCGCGAAACUUUGGACGCUGUGGCAUUGCUUUAUAUGGCCACACAGAUUGCCUCCGGCAUGAGCUAUCUGGAAUCGCGUAAUUACAUACAUCGCGACUUGGCGGCGCGCAACUGUCUUGUGGGCGAUAAUAAACUUGUGAAAGUUGCCGAUUUUGGGUUGGCGCGCCUUAUGCGCGAUGACACGUACACAGCGCAUGCUGGCGCCAAAUUUCCCAUCAAGUGGACCGCUCCGGAGGGUCUGGCGUACAAUAAGUUCAGCACAAAAUCGGAUGUUUGGGCAUUUGGCGUUUUGCUGUGGGAAAUCGCCACCUAUGGCGCUUCACCAUAUCCCAAUAUUGAUCUCACCGAUGUAUUUCAUAAGCUUGAGAAGGGCUAUCGCAUGGAGCGGCCGCCAGGUUGCCCGCCGGAAGUUUACGAUUUGAUGCGUCAGUGUUGGCAUUGGAAUGCGGCAGAUCGGCCGACAUUCAAGAGCAUACAUCAUGCAUUGGAGCAUAUGUUUCAGGAAUCAUCGAUUACUGAGGCGGUCGCAAAACAAUUGAAUGCCACAACGAUGACACAGAGUCUAACGCCGCAAAUGGGUAAAAAGGGUAUACCAGCGAAUGGUGGAGGCGGCGGAGGUGGUGGUGUUGGUGGUGGCAGCAGUAGCGGCGGCGGCGGCGCUGGCGGAGGCAGUUUAACACCAAGCGGCGGCAUGCUAGAACAGCCACCAGCCGGCACUCCAAUGUCGGAAACCGGUUCUACAUCGACAAAAUUGAGCACUUUUUCCAGCCAAGGUAAAGGAAAUGUGCAAAUGCGCCGCACCACCAACAAGCAAGGAAAACAGGCGCCUGCGCCUCCUAAGCGUACGAGCUUACUUUCAACCAGCCGCGAUUCUACUUAUCGUGAUGAUGAGUCACGUAAUCUCAUUGACGAGCACAAUACAAAUGGUAGUAGCAUCUUUUUCAACCUACAACAACAACUACAAAAACAACUGCAAAAGCAAACUCCAAUACAACCACAACCAUAUAAUGUUGUUGUUCAACCCAGUACUACCCCAACCAAUAACACUAAUAAACGUUGCAAAACGAAUUCUUAUACUUUGUGUACUACACCACCUCCUCCCCAAUAUUCUAUAAAGAAAUCAUCCUCUUGCAGUAGUUUCCUAAUCGAUAUACUUUUUCGAGGUAUUUCACACCUGAGUCUUACGCGUGAUAUUAAUAAUCUUGGACAGCGCUAUGAUUCCGAAAACGACAAUACAACUGGUGAUCCUGACACUGAUGCUACCGGCGAUAGUUUGGAGUGCCAAAAUAUACCCACCCAAAGCAAGGUACAGCAUUCGCUCCAUAGCGGUGGAAUUGGACCACGUUCCGGCCAACAACAUAGCUCCUUCAAACGACCCACACCAGUUAUGGGCAACCGCGGCCUCGAAACUCGUCAAAGUAAACGCUCACAGCAUCAGCAGCAGCAGCAACAACAUGCGCCACGCGAUAGCAGCGCUGGCGCUUGUACACCACAUCACGUCACCGUUGGCGCGCUUGAGGUGAAGAAUGUAAAGUGCGUUGUCAAUCGCUAUGGCACUUUGCCCAAGGUACAGCGCAUAGGUGCAUUCCUCAACAGUCUCGAGGAUCCGAAUACGCCACCACAACACGGCAUCACUACUCAUCUAAAUGCAGUCGCCGCGCCGGUCACCACAAAUGGGCAUGGUGUUGGUGGUGUGCAUGCUGCCGCACGUCAGCAACUUCCACCGGCGCAUGUGAUGCCAAUACCGACGCCACCAACAAAAUCAGCAGCAAACAUUAAUUCUGGAAAUGGCAGCAGUGGCAGUGGAACUAUACCGACACCACCACAGCAGAUGAUACGCAGCAAUUCUUCGAGUGGCGUCACUAUGCAGAACAGCGCAUCAGCGAGUUUGAAUAAACUGCAGCGUCAUCGCACAGCUGCCGAUGGCACAAUGAUGACGUUUUCCUCAUUUCGGGGCGCAUCCUCCAGCAAUUCACCAAAGCGCAGUCAACAGCCAGCAUUAGCCAAUUUGGAGUUUCCACCGCCACCACUGGAUUUGCCACCGCCACCGGAGGAAUUCGAAACACCACCGCCGCCACCACCACCAGCACCUGAAGUGUUGGAAGAACUACAGGCUGCAAGCAGCGCAACUACCACGCACUAUCCAUUGCCGAAUAGCAGCAGCAAUGAUGUCUCGAAUACUGCACCAAGUGUUGAGGAGGCCAGUUCGCGCUUCGGGGUGUCGCUGCGAAAACGUGAGCCGUCGACAGACUCGUGCAGUUCGUUGGGAUCACCACCGGAAGUUGUUGGAAAUAGUGGCGGCAAUGUUCAGGAGUUCAAUAUGAAGGAGAAAUUGAUGGCAGAGAUAAAAGAUCGUUCCAAAGAGAAUUCCGCUAACAAUGUGAAUAUACAAAAUGGCACCACGGGUCCAGCACCAGCUGGUAGUGGUGUUGAUCCCGUAUCCUUAUUGUUCACCGAGUUGGCCGAAAUGAAUUUGUCAAAGCAAAAGUCAAUACCACCACCACCACCAAAAACUCUCAGUGGUGGUUGUGCUGGCGAUUCAAGCGGUCCACAAGCACAGGAGAAUGGCAAUACGAACUCCUUUAAGGCACAGCUAAAAAAAGUAGAACCAAAAAAAUUACCAACACCCACACAAAAGACCGAAAACCAGACGACGAUCAUCGACUUCAAAGCUCAUUUGCGAAAAGUUGAAAAAGAUCCAAAGGAUAAAAAAGACGUAGGCGCAGAUGAAGCUCCUAAAAGUUUAUUACAAAAAGGACAAGCUGUGACCGCAACGGGUACGUUGGGUCGCAAAGGUGACAAGAAAUUCACCACAGUAAUGACAUCGGCGACCGCUGUGACGCCAGCAACACAAAAGACUGAAAAUGCAAAAAAUGAUAUGACCAAUAGCAAUAAUGGUAAUUCCGUAAAUUCCACGAAUACUACUCACUCAACUUCCAACACGAAUGGCAAUACUCACCACGCAAACGCAAACUCAAAUUUGAACUGCAACAACACCACAGGUAUUUCUGAGUCGGCAGAUAACUCAGUGGGCGUAGUUGAAACCGAGACAGGGAAGCGACGUAGCACAGGUAGUAUAAGUAGUUUGAAAAAGUUGUGGGAGCAGCCGGGUGGCAGCUCUGACUAUGCAAGCACCCAAUCCCAGGCGAACUGCGCAACAAAUAGCGGCAUGGCAGGCACGACUUCCAACGUCACCAGCACCACCAUCACCUCAAGCACUAAUCAACUUUCACCCAAAUUCAAUUUGAAGCCCAUUUCGAAUACUGCAACCACGCCCACUGCAAAUUCAAAUCGUUUUCCAUCACUUAGCACUCAAAUUUCACCACGUACCAAUGUCGCCACCACGGCUGGCACAAAUUCCAUUGCAAAUAAGCCACCACCGGCAGCGCCACCACCGCCACCCCCUACUACCAACAGCACAGCCAAUCAAAAUCAAAAUUCCAUUUUCAACAAUUCCCAUUGCAUGAAAUCCCAACUAACAACCUCUCUUUCGACUCAACUAUUCACAGAUAGUAAUCAGUACGCCGACCAAGGCCAAUGCACUUCAGCAACCACCAACAACACCACCGCUAACUCAUCAGGAAACAAUACAACGACUAACAACGAAAUCGCUUCAAUGACACAAUCACUUUUCGUAGAGCAUAGCAGCACCGCCAACAGCGGCAGUUGCCUACACCAACAAAACAAUAAACUCACCACAUCAACCAUCUCGACAAACACGGCUGUGAAUAAUACUUCAAAUAACAUUUCAACUACAAAUAAGCCCGCCGUACCACUCAAGCCCACCAAGUUGACCAUCUAUGCCACGCCCAUUUCGCAGAAGAUCGCCGCCAGCGCAUUAGAUAGCUCAACUAAUUCACCACUCAGCAGCGCGCUACAGAGUUCCACGCAGAUCUCACGCGAAAGCAUACUCGAACUGGUAGCGCUCCUCGAGAGUUCAUUGCAUCAACACCCGGUGAAUUCGAUCUCCGCGUCACAAUGGCUGCAGCUGAGCGACAAACUCAAUAUACUGCAAAAUAAUUGUGUAGUUUUCGCCGACAACGAAUCUAUGCCGCCACACUCGAAAUUUCAUUUUCGUGAGUUGGUGACACGUGUCGAAACGCAAUCGCAGAGUUUACGCACAGCCGGCAGCAAAAAUGUGCAAGAUAACGAGCGGCUGGUGAGCGAAGUGGGACAGUCAUUGAAGCAGAUAACAAAUGCGCUGCAUAGGUAAAUAUUAUUGAAGCGGGAAACACGGGCGGCGAGAGCAAACAGUUACAAUGGUACUGAAGACGAAGUGGCAGAUGAUGAAUUGCCGACUUGGCGUAGUUGGCUGGACGCCGAAGGAAAUUUUAUAAAGCGCAAAUGAAAGCUGCUAAGUUGAAUGCGAUGAUGUGAUGAGUUUGUGUUCUGCGAGAUGUGAUGUAAAGGCUUUAGUUUCCUGCUUUGUGGUGAAAGCAUAUCAUGAAUGUGAAGAAACUGUGGAAUUUGGGUGAUGUGUGAUGGGCACAUUAAUUUGUAAAAUGCAAGGACGAUAUAUACGGAAAAUGCCACAUAAAAGAUUGAAUAUCUGCUCUUUUCAUUUUAUAGUCUUGCAAAAAUUAAUGGUGUUAUUUUAGAGCGUUAUAUAGGGUGCGCGCAAACACUUUAAGCAAAACAAUUAUAAACACUAUUGUUUAUGUUUAUCAAUGUUAAAGUUCAGGGUUCUAAAUCCAUAUUAGUUGUGUACAAUUUGUUUCAUUGAUUAACAAACGAAACCACAGUAUCAACUAUUUUUCGCGUUCUUGUGUUAACCCUGUAUAAGAACAAAAUUACAAAAUCUAGUCAUACAUGAAGAAUCCAAUUUAAAUUGCUGUUAGUUGUAGACUUACCCUCAAAUGAAAUCAAGACAUUUUAAAUUACUUGUACUAGUUACUAGCUUAAUGACAGCAAUUAAUGAAGCAAAAAAAAAUCGAAAAGUUAGUAAGACUUGCAUUAAGUAUUCAUUUACUACAUAUAACUAAUUUGUAGGUCUUGCUUUAUGAACAUAUUUUUUUUGGUAAAUUUAAUAAUUUAAAAAUUGUUUCCAUAUUUUAGACAUUUUUAUUAUAUAGAUAUAUAUUACAUAGAAGUUUAGUAUUUGUAAGUAGAAUUAUACAAAUUUAAUCAAUACUAUUUUAAUUAUACAAAUAAAUGCAAUUUGUAUGUGUCAUUUUAGCGUUAAAAUUUUUUAAACACUGCUUUUAAGAAAUGAAAUACAGUUUUAUCAAAAAAAGAUGUUUAGAUUUCUAAAGUAAAUGCCAAGUGUUAAGCGUUAUUAAUGUUCCAAAGUAUAUACAUUGAUACAUAUGUAUGUACUACAUAUGUACGUCACAUAUUUAGUGCGUUGUGUUAUAUUCACUUUUUUUUUUCUUACAUUCUAAUUCUAUCACAUUCAAGUGCCAAAGAUUCACAAAAGUUGAUGCCUAAACUGAAACUGCCUAGGGAAAUCCAAAAAAGUUAUGACUUCGCCGGUUCUGGUAAGAGCAUACAACAUUGCCCAUCAACUGCUAGAGUCACAGUGAUCUUCUCCAUGACAUACAUACAUACAUAUAUUCUAAAGUAAUUUCGCAAUAAAAUAAACAUUUAUCAGACGUACGCUAAGCAAGUCUGCUUUUAUGCAUAAAGCUCGGUACCUACUUCGCUACAAUUUAUUUUAAAGGCGAAACACUUUUCCUUGCCUAAAAAUUAUUCCAGCACACGCAUUUAUCAUCGCUCAUUUUCACUGAAUAAUAACUUUAUUUUGUCUGUGAUACAUACUUUCUGGCAUUAUUUUCUUCUAAAAUUUGCAAUCAAAUUGUUGGAAUGUCUAACUUUGCUUUCAGGGUUUUUAAGAUAGUUAUUCUUAGAAGAAAGACUUAGAAUGUUUACAUAUCGUUGAGGAAAUGUAGAAAGGGGCAUACUUGACAUUUUUUAUAACAUCACUUUUAAGGCUGUAACCUAGUCGGCAAAAUAGGAAGCGCUUCUAAAUGCGUUCAGGCGGGGCUUGAAUGAUCUCCAAAAGCCCUUCCAUUCAAAGGCGGGCCUGUGUUUCCAAAACAACGGAUGUCAAAUAAAGGAAAUAAUCGCAGUAGGCAUGUCGCUGAAGCAAAGUAAAUGUGCGCUGUGCCAAUAUUAUUUGGUGCAAGUUUUCCCUGCUAAGAGAAGUUGAAUCAAAAGACGUGAGACCCUGGUCUUAAAAUAAAUAAAUAUUUGGCGCUUCUACUUUUGCUAAGUAUUUGGCCGAGCUUCUCCUUUACCUUUGGUGUGAGUCUUGAUGUUACGCCGCCUCCGGAUGGCAAAUGGUUGCUUCUGCGAGAAGCUUUUUCAAUGCAACCGCUGUUAGAAAAAGACAUUUUCUAAUUUUAGAUGGUGUUCCUACUAAGGAUCCAACCCAUGCUCUACGGAGUGGUAGGACGCAUCUCUAUCCACUCAACUACAGGCUAAAGAAUCGAGCACUGAAACUAAGGACUCGUAGAAGACCUCCUUUUCCCUAAUUUACAUUUGGACAUUUGCAUCUUUUGCUUUUUCUAUAAAAAACGGAAAUUUUCAGAUAGGUAGGUCAUUUGUCCAUUUCAACAACAACAUGUAAUUGCUAUUAUUAUCAAAAAUAUGUCAAUAUUUUCUUAUAUUAUUAUGUAUUUUUGUAUAUUUUAGUAAAAUAAAUAAUUGGCCAAGAGCUCUUGGUGGCUUUUCAUGAAAUUUUUAAAUAUGAAAGUAAAAGGUGUUUUAGUAUUAACUACAUAAUUUUUUAUGGAAAUUCGAAAUUAAAAAAAAAAAACAAAAAAAUAUUUUACCAUAGAUUGCAUCAUAAAAAUUCAAGAUCCUUUGAACGUGAAAUUGUACAUACAUAUAUAGAAAUAGUUGCUCCAAUGUUUCUUUAAAUUUACUUGUAAGAGAAAAAAAUCACAUUUGUAUAUAAAUCCUUUUAACUAUGAAAAAAAAACUCUAGCAAUGUUCUCUUAUUUCUAAUGAAAUCGUCACAAAGCAAAGACAAGGGGCGUCUAUAAAUUGAUUUAAAAUAUACAGGGUAAUCCACUUUCUCGAUGGAAAUUAAUGUUGAAAAAAUCACGCUGAAUAUUUAAGUUUCGAUGGCAUUUUUAUUUCAUAAUAAAGUUGGGAGAUGCCAUUAUGCAUGCAUACAUACAUACAUAAGCACGUGAAAAAUCAUAUCAUUCAACGGUCAUCUAUUUUCAGGACCUUUUGAUAUAAUUUUCGACAACUGUUUCAUACAAUUCAGGCAAUAACUCGGCAUAUUAACUUGACGCAUAUUGCUUCUCACUUGUGUCAAAGUUCUGGAAUUUACAGCUUUUUUUGUCAGGCAAUUAAGAUAGCUGCAACAACACAUGUAGUCCUCACUCUAGGCGCAAAUAUAUUUUCUAUUACUGUUAUGAGAGCAUGUUACCACCCAACUGCAGGUGUUGGAGGUUGUGUUUAGGUGAUAGACUUUUAUCGAGUAUUUGACCUUCUUUUUUAAUUUCCGACUGCAUUUAUUCUAGUUUACAUUGAUAUAAAAACGCUUUGACUGUGUAUAGAGUACAUA